GGGCGCAGACCAGCGCUGGGCCACCCCCGCCGGGCUCGCUGCCUCGGGAGCUCCGGGGAACCCCGCGGAGGAGGGAGGGGAAAGGGAGGGAAGAGGAGGUGGUGGAGGCCGCGCCCGGCCGGCGGGCAGCUCCGGGUCCUCUGUGCGCAGGAGAAGCGGCGGCUGCAGGAGGAGAUCCGCGCCGCGCGCCGGGAGCUGGAGGAGGAGAAACUCCGCGUGGAGCGGCUCAAGAGGAAGUCUCUCCGGGAACGUUGGCUAAUGGAUGGGGCAGCUGCAGGGCCAGAGCCAUCCGAGGACCCCACCUCGAAGGACCCCCAGUCGCCGGAGGGCCAGGCUCAGGCCCGAAUCCGGAACCUGGAAGACAGCUUGUUCACACUCCAGUCCCAGCUGCAGCUGUUGCAAAGUGCUUCCACAGGUGCCCAGCACAAGCCCUCAGACAGGCCCAGCUGGCGCAGACAGGGUCACCGUCCUCUCUCCCAGCUCGUUGUUGAGGCAGGUUCUGUAGGCCAGACUGAUCUGAAGAAGAGAGCCUCCCUGCCGGCCAGACUAGUGGGCACGCCUCCAGAGUCCCCCUCUGAGCCCAGGGAGGAUGUCUUGGGGUUUCUGCCAGCUCCGAGGCAGGUCCCUGGGGCAGCAGGGGAUGCCUCAGAAGCCAAUGGCCCCUGCCCCAGCCCCAUCCCUACUCCAGAGCAGGGGCUAAGUCAGAGGGUGGUGCCAUCCAAAGGGCGGGUGGGCGAGGCCAAAGGAGGGGGUGUGGUGAGUGUGGUGUGGGAAGGGCUGAGGGUCACAGAGGACUGUGCCACAGGGGCCACGGGCCCUGAGCUGGAGGCUAAGGUGGAGGAAGUGGUGCUGGAAGCCAUCGGAGACAGGAAGGGAGCUGGUAGCCUGGAGCUCCCAGCCUGGGUAAAGGAGGACAGGGGCAUCGUGGAGGUGGUAUGGGAGGGGGUGGGCGGCAGCGACACAGAGGCCACGGGGGUGGUAGGCAGGGUCCCUGAGGCCGUGCAGUCCAGCUCGCCUAGGCACCAGGAGAGAUUAGAGGCAGCAGCUUCCAGAGAAGGGGAAGAUGUGCCCCGGGGCAGCCCUGAGGGUGAUGGGCAGGGAGGUUCUGGAGGAGAGGAGGGGUCCUUCAUUUGGGUGGAAAGAGUGACCCUCAGUGAAGAGUGGGAGGAGCUGCUAGUGGAGGGGUUGGAAGGGCCUGAGGUGGCAGGGAGGGAGAGAGGAGAUGAAAGCCCAUUGGGGGCCGAGGAGGCUGAGACGGGAGGAGGUGAGGAGACCUGGGAGGCAGAGAAGAGAAAAGCGGAAGAAUCCAUGAGAAUAGGAAGUGAGGAAAAGCCAGGGACAGGGAGGGAUGGAGCGGAGAUGUCGCCUGUGGUAGAGAGGAAAGGAGGGGAGAAGAAGUUGGAACUGGAGAGCAGUGGAGGUGCAGAAAAGCUGGGAACAGAGAGGGAAGGAGUUGAGGAACCACUGGGCGUAGAGAGAAAAGUUGAGGGACAUUUGAGGGCAGAGAAGGAAGAAGGUGAGGAAAAGCGAGGGGCAGAGAAGGAGGAGGUAGAAGAACCAUUGGGAGUAGAGAAGAAAGGAGGGGAGGAAGAGCCAGAGGCAACCGAAGAACCACUGGAGGCAGAGAGAAAGGGAGGGGAGGAGACACUGGAGGCAGAGAGGAAGGGAGGGGAGGAGACACUGGAGGCAGAGAAGAUCCAAGGGACCAAGGGAGAUCUGAAUCUAGAACAACAGGAGUCUAGGGAAGGAAGUGAAUCCCAGGCAGAGGAGGUGAAUGAGGCAGGGCCUCCCCUUGAGGCUAACACGGAGACGAGGCCAGAGGAGGAAGGACCCCAGCCCCAGGAGAAGCCAGUAGGAGCCCCGGAGGAGGAAGGAGUGAAGCCCCAAACCGCUGCUGAGGGCCAAGGCCCCUUGGGGGAUGCCACACCCCUUCUGGCAGAGACCCCAGCCCCAGAGCAGCCCGCCGAAUGCCAGCCACUGCUUCAGGAGGGGCCCAGCGCCAACCCCAGUGCCCACCCUGUGCCCACCUAUGCGCCUGCCCGGCAGCCUGAGCCAUCUGCCCCGGGUGAAGAGGCAAGCGGCCCUAAGCAAAAGACGUGCCAGUGUUGUGCGGUCAUGUGAGCCCGCACCCCUCCACCCCACGUCCAGCUCCUCUCACAGCUACCUCGGCCUCUUGGCACCCAGUAGAGGGUCCCAGGCGCAGACAGGGCACCACAGGACUGACCGUGGCACCUGGGAGCCAGCUAGCCUGCACGUCCACCUACACCUGGGCUUCCGGACCCCUUGCCCACUGCCUGUGACCCUGGCCUCCUUCUGCAAUGAAGCCUUUAUACUUGAAAAUAAAACAUGAAAGCACUCA